AUGUACAGUGAAAAGGAUAAUGCUGGAUUGGCUCAAUUGAACGUGAUGAGAAACAAGCUUGCUGCUGCAUAUUCCGAGUUUAACAAUAUUCACAACCAGAUAAUGGCGCGCGUUCCGGAUGAAGCCGUACCAGAGCAAGAGCGAGCAUACGAUGCAUUUGAAUAUCUUCAUGACUAUCUGAACAUGGCCAUUGAAGAAAUUAUUUUGCAGACGAAAAAUACAACAGCUUCGCCACGCACCACACCGCAUAUUGUGAUUCAACAGCAACCAUUGAAGGCACCAAUUCCAACAUUUGACGGAAACUAUGCAAUCUGGCCAAAAUUCAAGGCAGUAUUCCAAGAUUUGAUGGCAAAUUCCUCAGAUACUGAUGCCAUCAAACUGUACCACCUAGACAAAGCUCUUGUUGGUGCAGCUGUUGGGAUUUUGGAUGAAAAUAUUAUUAGCGAAGGGAACUACCAACAAACAUGGUCAGUGUUAACGGAACGCUAUGAAAAUCAACGCGUAAUCGUCGAAUAA